UCACCAGCAAUUGAAUCUGAGUUGCAAGAGUCAUAAGAAAUGCUUAAUUUUGGUCAAAUUCGUUCAAAGCCAGAUGUACAACAAAAAAUAUGAGUCGGUUCUGCUUGCGUACUCCUAUUCACUGUUUCAAUUAUUCGGAGCGCUUCUUAAGUCAGAAUUAAUCAUGAAAUAACUAAGUUGCAAACCUUUUUAUGAAGCUCCACACACAUAUUAAGAAACACAGGACGCUUUUGAAAGAACGAUUGUAAUGUUUUCUUAUCGAGAAAAUAGUUAUUGGAUAUUUUUGGUGGAGGGUUACAACAAGAAUUAAUGUUGCUGAACCGGUUAUUUGUAUCUAAGAAAACACGAAGAACAUUCCAAUGUUGUUACCCAACUCUCCGAUUAUAACUUAAGUUUCUGAGAAUUCGAGAUCAACAAGAUUUCAAACGGAAGCAAAGGAUAAGCUACGUAGCUGUAGUUAAAGCUCACGUGCGUUUUUAUUUGUUGCCACUAUUAUUGCAAUAUCGAAUCACUUCAGAAACAUGCUGUUCAAAUUUUACUUCGCUUCGGGUUUCUUGGCUGGCGUGAUAGCCUUGUCGUUUGCAGACGACUUCGCGACUGCUCGUGAGGAGAUCAAUAAAGUGAAGCCCAGCAUUGACUACACCACUUUCUGCGCUGAGAUGUCUGAAGGAGAAGACAAGACUGCUUGCCGUAUGAAGAAUGUAUUGAGCGUAGGCUUUCUUGUCUGUCAGAGGCCGAUGUUCGGAGAGAAAAACUGCUCGAAAAUUAUUGACGAAGAAAUCAAUAACUUGCAGAGAGUCCAUCGAGAAGGAAACGUUAAAAUAGUCCAGAUAUCGCCUCCUCCUAUCGAUGAUGUCAGAUGUGGAAAAGAAUCCAGCCUAAACUGCACUGGUUUUCUUGAACACUGGGUGGAUCGUAAAGACGGUCAGUUCAAGCAAGUUCGAGACCAUAUUUCUGACAAUACAACACAAGGUCUCAUUGAGGCCGUGAAAAGUUUCACCACGCCAGCUGCAUUAGUGACAACGGCCUCUGAUCUGUCAAAAAUCAAGAGUUACAUGAUGGAGAAUCCAAAUGAAAACCAAUAUCGUCAGAUAUGCGACCUCCAGGGAUUUUUCAUGGUAAGCGGAGGCUUUUUAGUAAACGAUGUCCCUGAUAUUCUUACGGGUGCAGGCCUUGACGGAGUUUGCUGGAAUGACGAACCGACCACAGAACAAGUUAUCAAAGCUUUGGAUGAUAUGAUUUCCGCUUUUGGAUCAAAAAACGACAACGUCGACAGCGGAAACAGAAAUGGAGAAAUUAAAAUCACUGGCCUGCAUAUAAAUGCAAAAAUCAUACUCACCAUCAGUAUUGCUUAUUGCACUUUUGCUCCUAAAUAAGUAAAAACGUUUUCACGAAGGGA